GGAACAUAUUACUGUGACGGACCGAGUUGGACAAGGAAAGCAUUAGCUGGUUUGAGGGUCAUACAUGAGUGGAGCUGAGCGGUGACACCCAGCAGUCAGGCAUGAAUGUGAACCAGGGGACGGUGGGCAGCGACCCGGUCAUUCUGGCCACGGCUGGAUAUGACCACACGGUCCGCUUCUGGCAGGCCCACAGCGGGAUCUGCACCAGGACAGUCCAGCAUCAGGAUUCCCAAGUAAAUUCACUUGAGGUCACCCCUGACAGAAGUAUGAUUGCAGCAGCAGGGUAUCAGCAUAUCCGCAUGUAUGACCUGAACUCCAACAACCCCAACCCAGUCAUCAACUAUGACGGAGUUAGCAAGAACAUUACAUCUGUGGGCUUUCAUGAAGAUGGACGUUGGAUGUACACAGGAGGAGAAGACUGCAUGGCUCGAAUUUGGGACCUGAGGUCAAGAAAUCUGCAGUGUCAGAGAAUCUUCCAGGUCAAUGCUCCAAUUAACUGUGUGUGUCUGCAUCCAAACCAGGCAGAGCUCAUUGUUGGAGACCAGAGUGGGGUGAUUCAUAUCUGGGAUCUAAAAACCGACCACAAUGAACAGCUGAUUCCUGAGCCAGAGGUGUCAAUCAACUCAGUGCAUAUUGACCCAGAUGCCAGUUACAUGGCGGCAGUGAACAGCUCGGGAAACUGUUACGUCUGGAAUCUUGCUGGAGGCAUCGGUGACGAGGUGACUCAGCUCAUUCCCAAGACUAAGAUCCCCGCACACAAACGCUAUUCCCUCCGAUGCAAGUUCAGCCCUGAUUCCACUCUGUUAGCCACCUGUUCAGCUGAUCAGACCUGUAAGAUCUGGAGGACGUCCAAUUUCGCUCUAAUGACAGAGCUGAGUAUCAAGAGCAACAAUCCUGGAGAGACAUCCAGGGGCUGGAUGUGGGACUGUGCCUUCUCAGGAGACUCCCAGUAUAUUGUAACCGCCUCCUCAGAUAAUCUGGCUCGCCUGUGGUGUGUGGAGACUGGAGAGAUCAAGAGAGAGUACAGCGGCCACCAGAAGGCUGUGGUGUGUCUGGCCUUCAAUGACAGUGUGCUGGGCUGAGCAGAUGUAUUUAAAAACAUAAGAGACUGCAAAUGUUGAUAGGCAACAGUAUAUGACAACAGGAACAUGUACAGGAAACGACAGCAUAUGGACAGGAAAAACUCUGGAGAUUUCCCGCACAAGACACUGAAUUCCCUACAAGUGCAUGUCUGACUGUCAAAUGUGCAUGAGUGAAAGUUGCUCCUGACUAUUGUCAUGAAUCUACGUUUUAUGUUCCUACAUCCCUGCAGUGCUGUUUUCUCCUGUUGAUAUUACUAAUUUUGUUCAGAAGAGGAGGGUUGUUAAAAGCUGUAUUGAAAGGACCACAUUAUUUACUUGCAAUGUAACUGAUCUCAAAUAUGGGAUUUAUAUAUUUGAUUUAAUAAGCCAAAUCAAAGUGUGCCUGUGACUGAUCAGUAACAGUUGAGAGAAACAAUGUACAUAAACAGACUCCACAGUAAAGACCUCAUGUGUGGACCACUGAA